AUGCAAAACCAACGAAAUCAAAAAGCCAGAACACCUAUCCAGCGCAUUGAAAUUCUACAAUUCACAGUGCAUGUCAAAAUCACUCUUCUGGGCAGCAAAAAGCAUGAUCAAAAACACAAUCUUUUUGGACAAUCACUAAAAAAAGAACGAUUUUUUCCCUUUCCCAACGUGUUCUCACUGACCCAGAGGAAAAAGGGAACCUUGAAUCUGGAAGUUGCGAGAGAAAGAAGGGAAGAAAGGGUGGUGGGAGAGCGUAGAGAAGCAAUUUGCGUUGCUGUUGUUGUGGUUGAUGAUGAUGAUGCUGAUGAUGAUGGUGGUGACAGUGAUGGGAAUGCGAUUCAAUUUGCUGAGUAA